UGCAGGUGGCCGCGGGCGCGGGGCUCGGCCCGAGUUCGGGAGUGGAGGAAGGGGCCCAUGAAAGCAGAAAUGCCUCAGGCCUAUAAAAGUCCUAAAGCGGCCCUGUGUUCGAGUCUUAGUCCUUCCAUUCACAGGCUGUGCAGCCUUGAGCCUGUGGUCUCCCCUCGCUGAGUCUUGGGUUCCCCCCGGGAAGCAGGCAUCACUGGCCCACCUCAGAAUGAUGGGGAAACUGAGGCACGGAGCUGGACAGUGACUCAAACACCAGGAGCUGCCCAUCGCGGAGCUGAGUGCUCAGACAGGCACUAGACAGGAGCCUUCAGGGAUCACCACAGAGGCCAUCAGGAUGUCAUAUUUUGGGGAGCAUUUUUGGGGAGAGAAAAACCAUGGCUUUGAGGUCCUGUACCAAAGCGUGAAGCAGGGGCCCAUCUCUACCAAGGAGCUGGCGGACUUCAUUCGAGAGAGGGCCACCAUUGAGGAGACCUACUCGAAGGCGAUGGCAAAACUUUCCAAGCUGGCCAGCAAUGGGACCCCUAUGGGGACCUUCGCCCCACUCUGGGAGGUCUUCCGAGUCUCCUCAGACAAGCUGGCGCUCUGCCACCUGGAGCUGACACGAAAGCUACAGGACCUCAUCAAGGACGUGCUUCGCUACAGCGACGAACAGCUCAAGACACACAAGAAGUGCAAAGAGGAAGCGCUGGGUACCCUGGAUGCCGUGCAGGUCCUUGCAGGCGUCAGCCAGCUCCUGCCCAAGUCCCGUGAGAACUACCUGAAUCGUUGCAUGGACCAGGAGCGGCUGCGGAGGGAGAGCACCAGCCAGAAGGAGAUGGACAAGGCAGAGGCCAAGACCAAGAAGGCGGCAGAGAGCCUGCGGCGUUCAGUGGAGAAAUACAACUCAGCCCGCGCUGACUUCGAACAGAAGAUGCUGGACUCGGCUCUGCGCUUCCAAGCCAUGGAGGAGACCCACUUGCGGCAAAUGAAGGCACUUCUGGGCUCUUAUGCCCACUCAGUGGAGGACACCCAUGUGCAGAUUGGGCAGGUGCAUGAGGAGUUUAAGCAGAACAUAGAAAACGUCAGUGUGGAGAUGCUGCUGAGAAAGUUUGCAGAAAGCAAGGGCACAGGCCGGGAGAAGCCUGGGCCUUUGGACUUUGAGGCGUACAGUGCAGCUGCCCUGCAGGAAGCAAUGAAACGUUUGCGGGGAGCCAAGGCCUUUCGCCUCCCAGGACUGAGCCGGCGGGAGCGGGAGCCACCUGCAGCUGUAGAUUCCCUGGAGCCCGAAUCAGGGACGUGUCCAGAGGUGGAUGAAGAAGGUUUCACUGUCCGGCCUGAUGGGACCCAGAACAGCACCGAGGAGCCCUCCCGCUUCUCAUCCAGCGAUUCCGAUUUCGAUGAUGAGGAGCCCCGCAAAUUCUACGUGCACAUCAAGCCUGCCCCAGCCCGGGCCCCAGCCUGCAGUCCGGAGGCAGCUGCAGCACAGCUCAGGGCCACAGCUGGCAGCCUCAUCUUGCCUCCUGGCCCAGGGGGCACCAUGAAACGCCAUUCUUCACGGGACACUGCUGGGAAACCACAGAGGCCUCGAUCUGCUCCAAGGGCUGGCAGCAAUGCCGAGAAACUGACUUCUGAUGAGCAGGUUUCCAAGAACCUCUUUGGGCCGCCGCUAGAGUCUGCCUUUGACCACGAAGAUUUUACAGGCUCUAGCAGCCUCGGCUUCACCUCCAGCCCCUCGCCUUUCUCCUCCUCGUCGCCCGAGAAUGUGGAGGACUCUGGCCUGGACUCACCGUCCCACGUGGCGCCUGGUCCCUCCCCGGAUUCCUGGGUCCCCCGCCCGGGCACCCCACAAAGCCCACGUACCUGUAGGGCGCCGCCCCCGGAGUCGAGGGGGACACAGCCCCUGCCACCAUCAGACUCGCCGCAGCCCCUUGCACCAUCCCCGGGCCCCUGGGGGCUGGAGGCUAUGGCUGGAGGAGACUUGAUGCCUGUAUCCGCCGACUUUGCAGCCAGGGAGGGCCUGACAGCCCCACCCCGGAGACCCCGCUCCAGGAAGGUGUCCUGUCCCCUCAUGCGCAGCAACGGGGACCUGUCUCGUUCCCUCAGCCCCUCCCCACUGGGCUCUUCGGCCCCCAGCACCAUCCCAGAACGGCCCAGCUUCUCAUCCCAGACAGGACACGGAGUCUCCCGGGGCCCAAGCCCUGUGGUCCUGGGCUCUCAGGAUGCCCUGCCUGUGGCCACUGCCUUCACUGAGUAUGUCCACGCCUACUUUCGUGGCCACACCCCCAGCUGCCUUGCUCGAGUAACUGGGGAGCUGACCAUGACCUUCCCUGCCGGCAUCGUGCGUGUGUUCAGUGGAACCCCACCCCCACCAGUCCUCAGCUUCCGCCUUGUGCACACGGCCCCCAUUGAGCACUUCCAACCCAAUGCCGACCUGCUCUUCAGUGACCCCUCCCAGAGCGACCCUGAGACCAAAGACUUCUGGCUCAACAUGGCAGCUCUGACUGAGGCCCUGCAGCGCCAGGCAGAGCAGAAUCCAGCUGCCUCCUACUACAAUGUAAUGCUGCUGCGAUACCAGUUCUCCCGCCCGGGUCCCCAGUCCGUGCCUCUGCAGCUGAGUGCCCACUGGCAGUGCGGGGCCACCCUCACUCAGGUCUCAGUGGAGUACAGCUACCGGCCCGGUGCCACGGCCGUGCCCACGCCACUCACCAACGUCCAAAUCGUGCUGCCCAUUGGGGAGCCUGUGACCAAUGUCCGUCUGCAGCCGGCUGCCACCUGGAACCUGGAAGAGAAGAGGCUCCUAUGGAAGCUUCCAGAUGUGUCCGAGGCAGGGGGUUCUGGCCGCCUAUCUGCCAGUUGGGAGCCAUGUUCGGGGCCCAGCACGCCCAGCCCUGUAGCCGCUCAGUUCACCAGCGAGGGGGCCACUCUGUCUGGUGUGGACCUGGAGCUGGUGGGGAGUGGCUACCGCAUGUCCUUGAUAAAGAAGAGGUUCGCCACAGGUAUGGCCUGCCCUGCUGCUGUGCACCCACGGAGCCAGGACCGUGCCAGGUUCCGAGCCCCGUUCCCUGCUUCUGCCGCUGCGUGGGGGUGGGGGCGGCAUUUGAGGCCUUUGCAGUGAAUCGGUGGGUGUUGGGACCUGGAGACCCAAGAUGGAGGGUACAGGUAGAGAGGGGUGCUCAGAGCCCCAGUCGGAAGGGUCAAGAAGUGGCCCCCAGAGGGUGUCCCUGCAAGAACCCAAGUUGGAGAGCCAGACUCCCCAAUGCUGCACAGCCCCACUCCCAACCCAUUCUCCUGUCCCCACAAUGGGACAGUGGGAACAAUGAGUUACAGGGGUGUUUCGAGGAGGAUUGGGGGAUCCCAGGGUGGGGGCAAGGGGCCCCCUUCCCCCCUCACAGCCCCACCCCCACAGGGAUGUACCUAGUGAGCUGCUGAUCCUGCAGAGGCCAACCAGCACCGCUGGCCCCAGCUCUGUGCUGCAUCCUGGUGCUCGCUGACUGCUCCCUGCCCUCCUGCUGGACCCAGGGGUCCCCCACUCAGCCUCCCCUGAGGCCCCCACUCCAUGGAGAAAGUCCCUAUGCUCAGUCCGGCUGAGCCUGAGAUUCACUUUUGUUCAUACCAACUCCCAUGAAGGUCCUUGGCCUUUUAAUGUUCUUUGAAUAAACACUCUAUUUUCUAAUAAAUAAAUAACGAGCC